AUGAGCUUUGUCAUGCUACUGGAUUGCCUCAAGCUAUUCCCGCAGCCGUUCCCACUUCGGACAGAGUUUAUUGCCUCCAUUGUGAACAGCACCCUGCCGCCGCACAGCAAGAUCGACAGAGUUAUGGUAAAGAAUGUGAUUGACAAAUUGAAGUGCGCUUCAGGGGAUCUGUCGCUUCUUGCGGGCGCAAAGCGCCCUUCUGUCGAAGAGAUUGCACAGAGAGAGUCCCUGCUCUUUGUUGCAUUCCCACGGUCAACGAAAUGCUUCCUGUGCUGUGAGCAGCUGAGGUGGGUGGACGAGGCAAAGCCUAGGAGGCCUUUCUUCUUUCCGCAUGACGGCCCGCCUGGCAAAGGGCUCGUCCAAGAGAAGUUCUGUCCUGGAUGCAAUGCGGUGUUCUCAAUCAGCUACUACUGCCCACCAGGUUCCCAGGUACGGCGGCCAUACCCUGCGGCCCAUGACAAUGACACCUGGUUAGAGUUGUCAGGAGAGACGGUGAUCAGCAAGCAACUGCUUCGGCGACACGACCAAAAUCUGUACUACAUGCAUGCAAGCUUUGUCUCUGCUGUUCGCGCCCACAACGCAUCCUUCGAUCUGGACCGCUUCUCAGAAGAGCCCGAAGCAGCUCUCCAGCGGCUGCGGCGAAGGCGGACUCUAAGAGGGAGUUUAAACAGGGAGCGUUUUGAGUUGGCAUACUUUCAAUUCUGGGCGGUCCGGUUCUGUCAGGACCAUUGUCCAAGCUUGCUGGAUGACAUUGAUUUGCGUGAGCCAAUUGACAACAUCCUCAACAAGCUCAAUGAUCCGUUUUGGUGCCAUCUGCGGGACGAAGCCCUUGAGCACAGCAAGAAGUGUGAGAACGGGCUUUGUGGAAGGUACUGCCACUUUGACGGCAAUGCCAAAGUCUUUCGCGCCUGUUGUGCAAAAAAGGAUGAAGAGCUCUUUCAGACUGCAAUCGGCAGGGUUGUGAAGGGUUGCCCAAGAACCCCCUUGAAGAACAAAAAGUAUUGCCGCCUGCAUCACGCAGGCGCACCAGCUGCAAGUGCGGUUGCGCAGGGCGAUGCGGAAAGUGAGCCAGAGCAUCCGGAAGGAACUCGGGGAGGAGGGGAGGGUCCGGUUGCCGAGGCUGGGGCGGGCGAUGUGGAAGAGAUAGAUCUCCGGGACCUGGACAGCGACGAUGAGUAUGCUGAGGAAGAGGACGAGGAAGACGAGGGGGAAGGGGGAGAAGAGCAAAGCGGUUCUGUAGGCAGGGGAGGUUCAGGGCCCGAGGCAGCUGCGUCCGCUGACAAGUGGGAUAUGGACGCCGGGCCGGUGUCUUUGCGGACGCGGAGGAAGAGGCAGCUGCUGCAGGAAGAUGACUCGUUGUAUGAGGCGGAGAGAAUAGAGAUGAGCAUGCUGAAGAACGGGGUACCAAUCUACUUGGUCAAGUGGAAGGGCUGCCCGGCCGCCGAGAACACGUGGGAGCCCGAGGAGAACGUGACUGUAUUCGGCAGGGGCCUCCUGGACGAGUAUCUGCGCUCGCAGCCCCAAGGGGACUUCUACACGCGCGACCGGGAGGACCAGCUACCGGAUCCCGCACCAGAACCGGAUGCCGAGAAGCCGCGCCGUAAGACCAAGCUCACAGCAUGCACCCCGCGCACGAGCUCGGACGGACGCGGCGUGACAGCCGGCACGCUGGUCGCCUUCUGGGCGUGCGGCUACAUGUUUCCCCCUCUGGAGUUGAUUCUGUCAGAGUCAACCACCAUGGUGCACCACUACAUGAUGCUCCUGUUUGCGCACGUGCGCCUGCCCGAGUUCAUAGGCAUGGACGACAUGUGCCACUGGGCACGAUUUGCUGCAAGCGGCGAGCGGACUGCGAUGAGCGACAAGACGCGCGAGUUCCACGAAGACACUAAGAAAGUCGUGGACAAGUUUCAUUUCAAGAAGAACCACGUGGGGCGGUGGUGCGCAGAGCACACGAACCCGUACAAGCAUCCGGAGCUUGAGUCUGCAAACAUGUCGGUGUGCGAACAGCGGUUCAAAUGGUGGGGCCAGUUCAGAACCUCGCUCAGGUAA